UCAUUCCUUCAGCGUAUCUGUAUCUUGUCGCUUGUAUCCCGCUAGCACGGUGUUCGGUGUAUUGGUCAGUGCGCGUUUUUUAGGCUCUGUUUAUUUCUUUUGCUCAACACUCAACUUCGACAUACACAUACAGUUAAAGCGAUACAUACACGGUAGUGAUUUGGCGGGCUUGUGUGCGUGUGAAUGUGAGCCUACAACAAAACAUAAUAAAAGAAAAAGCGAAUUGGAGUGUGAUACAAAAACACAGUUUAAAAAUUUAAAUUGAAGCAACUAAUGCCAAAUAAACAAAUGCAAUUUUAAUAUUAAUAAACGCAAUAAAUACAAACAAAAGAAAAGCACUGGAAAAGUUCUACACAAAAAGUAGCUGGAAAAAGAUUUCAUUGUAAAAAAAUUUGUGUUUCGUUUGCUUGCUUGCGUUUGCGUGCGCGAGUGUGUGAGUGUGUAUAUUGUAUGUGAGUGAGAAGCACAUCACAAAAAGGAAAGCAGAAGCAGCAGAAAUACAAAAAAUGUGCGCCAGGCAAAAGAAGCAGCAGCAACAGCAGAAGCAGACGAUGUAAACUUUUUUUGUUGUAAGCAAAGUUGUAAAGUUUUGUGAAAAAGAUAAUAAAAAAAACAGAAAGGAAAAAAAAAAUAACUAGAAACGCUUUAAAGCCUGAACUGCAGAGAUUUGUGAGUUGAGAGGAGAGUUGUGAGUUAAGAGCGAGUUUCGAGUGAGUUGAGAGAGAGUAUUUGCAAAGAGCUUUCAAGAUGCCGGAAACGGAGUACGAGUGCUGCACCAAAGAGUGGCUCCAAUCAGAGCUGAGAACCAGCUACGAUGCCAAGGAGCUGAUCAUACUCGAUUGCCGAGGCUCUCACGAGUACAGUGAGUCGCACAUCAGAAGCGCCGUUAAUUUUAGCAUACCCAGCAUAAUGUUGAGACGUCUUGCCGCUGGCAAGAUCGAUUUGGCAUCCACAAUCAAAUCGCCCGAACUUAAAGUGCGCAUACAGACCGGCUACAAGGUCAGUCUCUUUAUACUCUACAAUGAUGUGGGCGUGGCACAGCAACAACAACAACAACCUGGUCAGGAUGUUGCCGGAGCUUUUGCCAUGUUUGGCAAUGGAAACGAUGCAACGAUCAAUGUGCUUCAUCGACGCCUCAAGCAGGACGGAUGUCGCGUGGUGUCGCUGCAGGAUGGCUUCUCCAGUUUUCGUCAAGCAUUUCCAGAGUGGUGUGAGGAUGACAACCAGGCGCACAACAAAGAAAUGGAAUCUAGUCGUAAUACCCAAGCCGAUCAGUUGAUGGGUCUUAGAUCGCUACGCAUUUCCACUCCACAUUCCGAUUCGGCUUGCAGCAGCUCAGCCGAAUCCUCGGACUGUGAGAGCACCACACAUCAUCAUCAUCAUCACCAUCAUAAUUUCAAUGAGGUGCCCGUUGAGAUAAUUCCCGGCCUGUUUCUGGGCAACGCCUCGCACAGCUGUGACUCGAAUGCUUUGCAAAAGUACAACAUUAAGUACGUUUUGAAUGUGACACCCGAUUUGCCGAAUGAGUUCGAAAAGCUGGGCAUUAUAAAGUAUCUACAAAUUCCCAUAACUGAUCACUAUUCCCAGGAUCUGGCCAUGCAUUUUCCAGCUGCCAUACAUUUUAUAGAGGAAGCUCGCUCUGCAAAUUCGGCGGUGCUGGUCCACUGCCUGGCGGGCGUCUCACGGUCGGUGACGGUGACACUCGCCUAUUUGAUGCACACAAAGGCAAUCAGCCUGAACGAUGCCUUCAUGAUGGUGAGGGCCCGAAAACCGGACGUAUCUCCGAACUUCCAUUUCAUGCAACAGCUGCAGUCAUUCGAGAGCCAGCUCCGUCCCAGUCCAUGCGAUGGCCAGGCGAUGGAUGAGGAAGGCAGCACCAAUAUUAUUGGACCAGCUGCCGGCGGCUCAUCAGCCACAACGCUGACUGCCAAUCCAAGCCUGGUUGCUGCACGUUGCGGUCGCGGUUCCAAGUUCUCGUGCAAUUGUAUUGCGGCCGAUUGCAAAUGCAUGCAAACGGGCGGAUUUAUGGCUGCGCAUUUGGCCAAGGCUACGGGCGUUUCACCUGAUUCAGGCAUUGAGUUCGAUCGCUGGACACCAUCGUCGGAUACGGGUCUCAAAUGAGAUCAGCUUGUGGGGAAGAGUUUUGUGCUGCCGCCCAGUCAAAGUCAGGAAUCAACAACAACAUCAGCGACAAAUUCACCGACACCCAUCGGCCUGAUAUCCGCUACAGCCGAUAACAUGUCACCAGCCAGCACCACCAGCUCGUCCACCUCGACAACAACCACAGCCGAGGCUGUCUCAGUGGUUGAGCUGGUGCCCAUAAUUGCCGUAGAUCCAAACAACGAGGAGCAGCAGUAAAAUCACUGUCAAAAGGAAAUGGGGUCGGUGUAGAAAACAAAACAAAACUCUUUUUCCUACUUUGGUUGUCCAACAACACACGACACACACACACACAAACACAAACACAAUAACAUACAUAUGAAGCAUAUAAAAUAACUAAUGUAACUAUAAAAUUUAAAUAUAAUUUCUAGUUUAUUUUGUAAGUCUAACACAAAAUGUUUAAAAUUUACAUAUGAAAUAAUGAGAGAAGCAAGCGGAAAAUAAAAGUUUAAAAUUGGAAAAUUAUCCACACAAAACCACUAAAAGAAUAUAUAAAAUAUAUUUAUAUAAAAUAUAUAUCUACAUGCAUAUAUAUCUUAUGUACAUGUUUGUAUUUAACUCCUAAGCCAAGUCAAAACAAGUUGAAUAUGAAAUAAUAAUACUAUGAUUAAUAAAUGAAAAGAAAAACACGAAAUCGCGUUAUUUAUAAAGUUUCAACUUUACAAACUGUUUUUAGGCGCAUAGUUUUUUUUUAUUUUACUAAAUGCAACGUUUAUUAUAAUAAUUAUAAAAUGUGUAAUUGUUAUAUACAAGAAAAAAAAUUCAUUUUUAAAAUAUUCUAUUAUAUAAUUAUAAAUAAAUAUUGGAAGCCAAGUCAUAUAAAUGUAAAAGAUACAACCAAUGAAGUUGGAAAUUGCAAACGAAUUAUUAAACACUAAAAUGAAAAAUAAACACAACAAAAGAUAUUUAUUAUUAUUUAUAACAUGCUAGCAAAAAUAACCAACCGCUGGGUCUGGUUACUUUCUAAAGGGGAUUUGCAAAAAUUGGAGGUAAAAAAUAUAUAAUAAAACUUAAACGCGUCUAAUUAACUAUAAGUAAGUUUGUUUUUUUUUUUUUAUUUGUGUCUAGCUUGUAAGAGUUUUAACGAAGAACAAAUCGAAAAUAACAUUCUAAAAAUACUUGAAAUAUGGAAAGUUUAAAAAGAAUAUUGAGAUGUGGUCAAAAAAGAGUCCUUAAUGAAUCAAGUGGCAUAUAUACACUUAAGUGGUAUAUAUGCAGUCUGGCAAUGUUGGUACAAAAAUUUAUCAGGUGUCGUCAUUACGAAAUAUUAUAUAUGGUUUGCAAAACAACCAAAAAA